AUAAAAUCAAACUUUUAAGCUUCAAAAAAAGUUUACUUCAUCGACGAAAAUCUAUCGACUUUAGAAAAGUCGUUAGUCGAAUUGAGGCCCCGUUUACACUGCUACGGAUCACUUUGAUACGGAUAAGUCGUGUUCAGGGACGGAUUUAGCGAGGGUCAAGGGGGUGCGACACCUCCCUCCCCCUCAAUAUUUCAAUCUCAUUCGGUAAAUUUUGCUUCCAUUCGGUAAAAAUCAUUUUCUGGUAGUAAAUAGUUUAAAAAUAACGCCAAGAUUUUACUACUGUAUAUCAAUAUUUUUAUCUGUUUUGCCGUAAAGCAGGGGUCGGGUCAGGUGUGUAAUGGCGGAGGGGGGGCUAGGGGGUGCAGCCUACAUGACUACAUUUUAAAUGAUAACUUAACGAUAUUAGACAUAUUAUUUAAAGUUUUCAGGGGGUUAACGGUCUUAGGCACAAAGUUUUGUGACGUUGUGGAGACUUGGAAACGACCGUUCGAAUAUGGAAACAAUUCUACAAUCACGUCAGCACUAUUAAUCCAGCUCGUACUUAAGAGGUUACAGAAACUUGUGAUGUAAAUCUAAACAAAAUAAAUAUGGCUAACAUCGAGACAGGAACUUUUCGGUCAAGAAAAAUAAAUGACGCUUCUUCUGUACUCACUGAACAAUUUUCUGACGAAGACAACCUUCAAAGACCUGAAGAAAAAAUCUUCAAGUUGCCACCUCAUCUACCGAAAAAUGCUAGUGACUUUCGCAUUUUUAUUUACGAAGUAACCGAGUCAAAGUCCUUUGGCGGAGCAAUUCUUUUCGUUAUUCUCUUAAAUACAGUCAUUUUAGUUGCGCAGACAAGCGAAAGUCUGGUCAUGAAGGGAGGGUGGUAUUUUGCAGCAUUGGAUAAUGUAUUUCUGUCGAUCUACAUUGUGGAACUUGUUAUGAAACUGUAUGGAAUAGGCUUCAAAUUCUUUAAAACUGGCUGGAACAUUAUGGAUUUCCUGAUCGUUCUUUGCACAACAGUGGAUUUUCUGAUGCCGCUAAUUGUACAAAACGUUGGAAUUUUCGAUGUAGCUGCCAUCUUCCGUCUUCUUAGAAUGUUCAGGGCCAUAAGGGCACUGAGGGCAUUGAGAGUUUUAAGAACAAUUCGGUUUCUGAAGAACCUUCAAGUGGUGUUGACAACUGUACUAAAAUCAUUCAAGGCUCUUAGUACCAUAGUCAUGCUACAGACGCUCUUUCUCUAUAUGUUUGCUGUAGUUGGACGUGGUCUUUUUCAUGAUGUCGCAAAGAACAGAUUUGGAACGCUGGGCAGAUCCUUCUUCACUCUCUUUCAAUUGAUAACGCUAGAUGACUGGUAUGAAGUAUACAGUGAAGUCCUCACUGAAAAACCAGGUCAUGGCUAUAUCAUUGUUUAUUUGAUCAUGUACAUUGUGCUAGAAAACUUUAUUUUCAUGAAUUUAUUCGUGGCGGUCUUGGUAGAUAAUUUUCAACGUGCUUUCACUGCUGUUGAAGGCGGAAGAAGACGAAAGGAGAACGAUAGUGGCCAAAAUCAAAGAACGUUGUUCAGAGUGGAGUUGGAAGAUUCGGAUCAAUCUGAUGAUGAAUUCUUCAGUGAUUCCGAUUCAGAUGACGAAAAUAAUUCUCAAGCUAAGAAAACAGCAGAAAUGCCCGAGCAAUACAAUUUAAAAUCGAUUGAUGAUUAUUAUCCAGCUUCAAAAUAUGCAAAAAGGGAAAGAGAACUUUUCCAAGACUACCUCACCUUGCUCGGUACUCUUGAAUUUAAUAUUCACCAGGCCAAAGUUCAACAGAAGCUUUUGGAUGAUCUAGUUGAUAUUGUCGUCACGAUACCAGAUGCUCCAGAGGAACUGGUGUAGCAAUACAUACGUUGAUUGUGGGAAGAUGUUGAACUUUGCCAAAUUCAUAGAGAAGUUCUCCUUACCCCAUCUGGCAAAAAAGUUGCAUGCAGAGGGUUGGGGUCAGUUCUGAAUUCACCAAUCAGUCAACAUUUCAUUGUUUUAUGAAUUACUUUUAUUUCCACUCCACGUACUUGUGUAGUUAUUUCUUCCUUUGUGAAAUUACAACUUAAAGGGGGUUCUGCCAACCAUAAUUAAGGCAGAGUAAAGCAUUUCAGAAUCUUGACUUACAAUGUAUCUAACACAAAAGGUUCUUGACUAUACACUUUUUUAAUCAAAAGAAUAUAGUCUAUAAGAACAUCGAGGCUCAAAAUCACUGAAAUUUUCAAUCAUCUCCUACCAGUACUUACUACCAAUUUUGAAAAUUGCAAGAAGAAGUGAAACCUUAUUACAGUACUGUUUUUCAUGAUUUUCAUGAUGCUGAAAUUAAUGAAAAGAUUUAACAGCCGUGCUAAGAAAAGAAAUAAGCCUGACCUUGAAUAAACGCCGAGCGACACCGAAGGCAUUAUAACAAACGAUCCACUUUGUUUUCUGUAAACCAAUAAAAAUACAGCAACAGAUGUUUUGACUACCGAUGCUGUCGAGCUAGAUGCAUUUUUUAACUUAGAUCCUUAAAUCCAUGAAAAGCAAAUUCGAAAAAAUACGAUGUCACUCAGGACCGGUGAAACGUAUUUGAAAGUGGAGUAGCCAAGAAAUCAAAGUUUUAAAGGGGUUUGGGAAAGGCCACCAGCGUGGCUGGUGGCACAAAAAACAUGGUAAACAGUAGUUGUAUUUAAAAUGGAUUUUGACUGAAGGAAAAUCUGAGGCAAUAUUUUCAAGCUUUCUUUUAUCACUGUGUGACAUUCUUAUCUGUUGUCAUGUUGUCAUUGAAUCUGAAAGGUCUUGCAAAUUUUUAGAACAACCCUUUUUAUGUAACUCGUAAUCAACCUGUUUUGAUUUAGAAGGAACCAACAUGAGAUGGAGGGGAGAAAUAAAUGAAUCACGGUUUAACAAAAACAUUAACAUUGAAAUAUCAACAGAAGCACUGUCAACUAAAAAUGAAAGACUAUGCAAUAAAGAAAAACAAAAAAGGAUUUGAAUUCUCCAUCAUUUGGUGUUCGCACCUUGUUUUUCUGGAUCAGCUAUCUCGAUCAAUUUCCUAAUCCAAGCUCCUACUCGUUGUACAACUUACACAAUGACCAAUUUUAGACCAAAUUUCUAUUUUCAUUUUUCUCUAUGUCUUCUUUGGUAAAAACUGAGGUCAUAUUUAAGAGUUUACUAAGCACAGUUACUUAUAGAAUGGUAGCCUACAAAAUUUAUUCCAUUUUUGCCUAGAAAAAUUUAUUUUUCUCUGCGGAAAAGGCAGAUCCGCCUUCGCACCAUGCACGACCCUCGUCCAGAUGCUGAAGUUUAUCACAAAAUUCGAACUUUUUCUUCUUUGACGGGAUUAGUGAGAAAAUUUUAUCUAAAGCUUUCCCAACAAAUUUUUCUCCUUUUGUGCUCCUGCUCCUACAGGGCCCACGCCACCGAAGGAGGGCAGGGUUGUCAUGGUUCCCUACUUUUUGCGAAGCAAGUAGUUUUAAAGCUGCAGUAUAAGGGGAACGCAGCCUUGGCCCCCUACUUUUGUUAGCCUUGCCCUCCCUUCACUUUUAAAUUCAGGACGUGGGCCCCGAGAAUGCUCUUCACAUUGCAGAAUUGAAACACAACCCUAAAUAGCGGAAGGCAACCUAUCAUCCGCCCAUAUGUUUCAAGCAAAAUUUACGCACGAACGAUUUCGUCAUUAGAACAGGUAAACCUGACCUUAAGUUAAGACAUAUUGAUUCUGAAAUCUUUGCUCCUGUUAUAAAAGAAACUAUUAUGAAUUAUUAUACGCCCACAUUUAAAGAAAGUCUAUGGAAUUCUUGACCCAAAAAGAUUCUCCGACUCUGGCCCAACGCAAGCUAGGUUGCCAACCGUAGGCGCAGCUGCAUAUAUUUUUACAGAAAGAGAGGGGGCUAAGAAACAAAGGACAAUAGCGUUCUUUAGUUAUGACUUCACAAAAUUUUCCCAGAAUUUUUAAUUUCUAUUCCAAUCAUAUUCAUCGAGAAAGCAUCGUGGAAUACCUUUAAAUAUGCCAAAUCAGUUGAAUGUAUUUUGAAUACACCUUUUUGGUAUCCGCGCGCUUAAUUUGCAUAAAGAGCUUGGAGAGAGAAUUUGGGUCACAAACUUGCCAAGGACCUGUGUCCACGUAUAAAUACUGAGUUUACUGGUAUUCAAAAUUUUAAAUUUCGUCACCAAAGGUAUCCAAAAUUUUGUAGAUUUUUCAUUCUUAUCCAUCUUCUUUAGUGUUUUAUCUCGAGAACAGCUUGUUUAAAAGUGCAUUGGCUGUGAUAUUGUCAUAUAAGUACAGUCCCAUCAAAUGACUGUAGUUUGGUCUCUGUACAUUUGGUCCCUGUAUAUUCCAUAGGCCAUAUCUCGCCCAAUCUUUAAUGUAUUUAGCUGAU